CUACUAUCCUGGGACUCAAUAGCAUCACAUUCGUCGACACGAUGGCAGCCACAUUCGUCGACAAGCUCACUCAGCGACCGGUCAAGAACAUUUGCUGCAUUGGUGCCGGCUACGUCGGCGGCCCCACCAGUGCGGUGAUAGCAAAACAGAAUCCAGACAUCACUGUGACCGUUGUCGAUCUCAGUGAAGCUCGUAUUGGAGCUUGGAGAUCAGAGGCCUUGCCUAUAUACGAACCAGGUCUCUACGAAGUCGUCCAAGUUGCGCGCGACUGCAAAGAUGGUCGCUUGACACCAAAUUUGCUCUUUUCCACAGACAUCUCGAGGGUGAUCGACGAAGCCGACUUGAUCUUCAUUGCUGUCAACACGCCAACCAAGACUGAAGGUCUUGGUGCUGGCGGAGCUUCGGAUCUUGCUUACGUCGAGUCUGCUGCUAGACAUAUCGCAGAAGUCGCCACCAGCGAUAAGAUUAUCGUCGAGAAGUCCACAGUACCAUGCGGAACGGCUGACAACAUCCGAGAAAUUCUUGACGCUCACGCCUCGCCUGACGUCCAUUUCGAGAUCUUGUCCAACCCAGAAUUCUUGGCUGAAGGGACUGCCAUUAACGACCUGCUUGCACCGGAUCGAGUUCUUAUCGGAUCGCAAAAGGAUGAACGUUCACGAGCCGCCGCAGAGGCCCUCGCCAACGUCUAUUCUGCUUGGGUGCCUCGUGAUCGAAUCAUUACCAUUAAUUUGUGGUCUUCGGAGCUUGCUAAGCUUGCGGCUAACUGUAUGCUGGCUCAGAGAAUCUCCAGCAUCAAUUCCUUGAGCGCGAUCUGCGAAGCUACUGGAGCUAACAUCGAAGAACUCGCUUUCGCUGUAGGCCAGGACACCAGAAUUGGACCAAAGAUGCUCAAGGCAUCCGCUGGAUUUGGUGGAUCAUGCUUCAAGAAAGAUGUACUUAGCUUGGCGUACAUUGCCGAGACGCUCCAUCUGCCUGAAGUGUCGGCGUACUGGAAGUCGGUUGUCGACAUCAACGAGUAUCAGAAGGAGCGAUUCGCUAAGCGAAUCACCACACGACUGUACAACACUCUUCGACUCAAGAAGAUCGCAAUUCUGGGAUUUGCCUACAAGAAGAACACCGGCGACACUAGAGAAAGUGCUGCCAUUACUAUUGUCGGGCAGCUCAUUGCGGAAGGUGCAAAGAUUGCCAUCUACGACCCGCAAGUCUCAGAAGCACAGAUUCAGCAAGACUUGAAUCGCGAGCAUCCUGCGGAAGUCGUCAAGCAGCGUGUACAGGUCUACCCUGAUGCUCUCUCAGCUUGCGCGGAUGCCAGUGCCGUGGUCAUUCUGACCGAGUGGGACGAGUUCAAAACCGACAAGAUUCCACAUGAUGCGAAGAUGUCUGGCGCUGUUCUUGACCACAAGCGAUCCACAUCGCCAUCCAGCUCAUCAGGCAGUGAUUUCCAGGACAGUGGCGUGGGCACGCCUGCUCCGAUUGAGCGCACCGAGUUCAUUGAGCAGGAGAACAGUGUCGCUCCGGCAGACAAGCGCGUUGACUGGGCACAACUUGCGGCAAGCAUGAAGCGGCCGCGUCUGAUUUUCGACGGACGCAAUGUCAUCGACAGCGAGAAGCUCGCCAACAUCGGAUUCACAGUGGAAUGUAUCGGCAAAGCAAGCAGUCGUGCAAGACGGCUGUAG